GCGUGGCCUUCUGUCCCUGUCCCGCCCCCUCUCUCCCGCCUGAGAAGGACUGAGAGGGCGGCCAGGCAGCCAGUAGGUUACCGGUUCCCGCGCGUCGUGCAACUCCGUGGCCUCGCACCCCCACGACUUCGCAGAAUGGCCGUCAAGAAGAUUGCCAUCUUCGGCGCCACAGGCAGGACCGGACUCACCACGCUGGCGCAGGCGGUGCAAGCAGGUUAUGAGGUGACAGUGCUGGUGCGGGACACCUCCAGGCUGCCCCCAGAGGGGCCCCAGCCGGCCCACGUGGUAGUGGGUGAUGUUCUGCAUGCGGCCGAUGUAGACAAGACUGUGGCUGGGCAGGAUGCCGUCAUUGUGCUGCUGGGCACCCGCAAUGACCUCAGUCCUACCACAGUUAUGUCCGAGGGCGCCCGGAACAUUGUGGCGGCCAUGAAGGCCCAUGGCGUGGACAAGGUCGUGGCGUGCACCUCGGCCUUCCUUCUGUGGGACCCAACCAAGGUGCCCCCACGACUGCAGGACGUGACCGAUGACCAUAUCCGGAUGCACAAGGUGCUGCAGGAAUCGGGCCUGAAGUACGUGGCUGUGAUGCCACCACAUAUAGGAGACCAGCCGCUGACAGGGGCCUACACGGUGACCCUGGAUGGACGAGGGCCCUCCAGGGUCAUCUCCAAACACGAUUUGGGCCACUUCAUGCUGAGCUGCCUCACCACCAAUAAGUACGAUGGGCACAACACCUACCCCUCCCACCAGUAUGACUAGGGCUAUGACCCUGUCUGGGAGGACAGCAUUCUGGGAAAUGGAGAACAGAGGAAAGGAGUAAAUAAACCUUGAGCCAAGAGCUUCAAAUUAUUCUACAAGAA